CCUUUCACCUUUAAUAUUAUCUGGCAGCUUCUUCUUCUUCUUCUAUUUAAAUAAAUUGAUAGCAAGAAAACUAAGCAUAUAGCUUGGGAAAGGGAAAAAAAUCUGCCAUGGCUGAUGAGCAGAGAAAUUGGUUUGUCUUUAUGGUGUUGUUUUCUUGUUUAGUAUAUUCGGCGUAUUCUUACCAGUUCGUGGUGGGAGGUAAAGAUGGAUGGGUCGUGAAACCUUCAGAAAACUACAAUCAAUGGGCUUCGAGGAUGCGCUUUCAAGUUAAUGACACUAUUCUGUUCAAAUACAAGAGCGGGUCGGAUUCGGUGUUGGUGGUGAACAAAGGAGACUACGACAGCUGCACCGUUGCGAAUCCUCUGCUCAAACUCGACGACGGGAAUUCAGUCUUCAAAUUCAACCGCUCUGGUCCAUUCUACUUCAUCAGCGGCAACAAGGCUAAUUGUGACCAGGGCCAGAAGCUAACCGUCGUCGUUUUAGCCAUCAGGACUCCGCCCGCAGGGAAAGGCGGACCUCCUGGCUCUCCGUUAUCGCCGGGCCAUCCUGGUGGGGGAGCUCCAGUGCCAGCUGGCUCUCCGUCAUCGACAGGCAAUCCUGGUGGUGGAAUUCCAGUGCCAGCUGGCUCUCCGUCAUCGACAGGUAAUCCUAGUGGUAGAGCUCCGGUGCCAGCUGGCUCUCCGUCAUCGACAGGCAAUCCUGGUGGUGGAGUUCCAGUGCCAGCUGGCUCUCCGUCAUCGACAGGCAAUCCUAGUGGUAGAGCUCCGGUGCCAGCUGGCUCUCCGUCAUCGACAGGCAAUCCUGGUGGUGGAGUUCCAGUGCCAGCUGGCUCUCCGUCAUCGACAGGCAAUCCUGGUGGUGGAAUUCCAGUGCCAGCUGGCUCUCCGUCAUCGACAGGCAAUCCUGGUGGUGGAGUUCCAGUGCCAGCUGGCUCUCCGUCAUCGACAGGCAAUCCUAGUGGUAGAGCUCCGGUGCCAGCUGGCUCUCCGUCAUCGACAGGCAAUCCUGGUGGUGGAGUUCCAGUGCCAGCUGGCUCUCCGUCAUCGACAGGCAAUCCUAGUGGUAGAGCUCCGGUGCCAGCUGGCUCUCCGUUAUCGCCGGGCCAGCCUGGUGGAGCUCCGGUGCCAGCUGGCUCUCCCGGAUCUCCGUCAGGAGCGCCUUCUCCGGGUGGUUCCGGAUCAGGGUUUGGGCCGGCUCCGGCAAGUGAUUUACCGGGAUCGCCUUCCUCGUCGACGACGCCGGGAUCACCGGGUUCUUCUGUGCCGGGAGCGCCUGGCUCCUUGACACCGGGAAGUGGGACGCCGGCGGACGCUAAUUCACCGCCGGGGUCGUUAUCGGCGCCACCGUGCAGUGGUUCGGUUUUGUUGAUGUCAGUGUUGAGUUUGGGUGUGGGCACAUUGAUAUUUUCACCCAACAUUUAGCUUUAUCAUUGGAUUAUGAUUUGGUAGGAAUAUGUUGCGAUAUUUAUUAUUGUUUCUCUUAUUUGUUUGUGAUUCCGUCGAGUUUAUGUAUGAGAGCAUUUGUAUACUUUUUGUUUAAGUAUUUGUAUAUUGGGAUGCUUGUUAUUGUUGCUCUUAUUUGUUUGUAAUUUGUGCCAAUUUAUUUAUGAUAGAGUAUUUGUAUAAUGUA